AAUCCCGCUGCGGUAAAACGCUCAGUGUUUACUUCCCUGCUGGACUCGCGAUGGACGCAGGAGGCAUCUCUGAUCUAGACCUUGACAAAUAUGACGCUGAUGAACAAGUCAAGAUCAUCUGCCUCGGAGACAGCGCUGUGGGCAAAUCCAAGCUCAUGGAGAGAUUCCUUAUGGAUGGAUAUCGGCCUCAGCAGCUCUCCACAUACGCUCUGACUCUCUACAAAUACACCACCACCAUCAAUGGUCAAACUGUCUUGGUUGAUUUCUGGGAUACUGCAGGGCAGGAACGUUUUCGAAGCAUGCACCCGUCUUACUACCAUAAAGCUCAUGCUUGUGUCAUGGUGUUUGAUGUCCAGAGGAAAAUCACAUAUAAGAAUCUCCCAAAUUGGUACAAAGAACUGCGGGAGUACCGUCCAGAGAUUCCCUGUCUGGUGGUCGCUAACAAGAUAGAUGCUGACAUUAAGAUCACCCAGAAGAGUUUCAACUUCGCUAAGAAACAAGGUCUGCCUUUCUACUUUGUAUCUGCUGCCGAUGGGACCAAUGUGGUCAAGGUGUUUAAAGAUGCCAUUCAGAUGGCUCUGUCCUACAAGAAGAACUCCAGUGACUUCAUGGACGAAGUCAUGAGGGAGCUAGAGAACUUUGAUUUAGAGAGUAAAGAAGAAUCAUCUGAUAAAGAAGAGACACAAGAGGGAAAACGGGACUCAGCGUGACCACUCAUCAUGCUUUUCUUAUUCUCUGUCUUCACUGCUUCUGCAGUUGUACUGAUGAGAUCUUCAGGUCAUGGCUGUCCUCUCACCAUCCUGAACAGCUGAACUCUACCUCACACCACUCAAAGUGUGUCUGAUUUUGGAAUAAAUUAUGCUUCGGUGAAUGUACAGCUGGCAUUAACAGAUGAUUGACAUGAUGGAAUCACAAUGCACUCUGAACUUUGAUUUGAUACGAAUUGUGGAGCAUGCAGAUUUAGCAUGUAGAUCUAAAACUUGUAAAACUCUGGAAUGUGAAGCUUUGUGCCGAAUGUAACAUGAAAUAUUUGUAAUUUAAAUUUUGUUUUCAGGUGGAAUUUUUGGUGAAAUAUUUAUGAGCCACUGAGAUUUUAGUGUACUAUUUUAUAACAUUUGCACAUUUCAAGUUACAAUUUGCGAUGCUCACUGGUAUCAAUAAAGUACUUGAUCUUUGUACAAGGGUAGUUGAUUAUACCGUACAAGCUGAAACAAUUACCGUAUACCGUUUUAGGAUAAGUAUGUUCCCUUAUACAUUUACAAAACGCAAAAUUUUAUGUUCAUCCCAUUUGCCAAUUAACCAGAUUUUUAUAUUAAAGCAGUUUGUUGGAAAAA